AUGCUCAAUGAGCAUUUAGACAGAAUUUAUGGUAACUUCCAAGAAUAUCGUGAAGCAAAUGCAGAUUCGUUUCCCAAUGAAUUUGGUGGAUGUGUUGCUAUCUUCUGUAAUCCGCUGACAUUUAAUCCUCGAGGUAGUCUUUUUCGUAGUUUGGUUAAUGAAGACAAUGUCUGGAUUGCAGUGGGUUGUCAUCCAAAGAAAGUGAAAUUUCUAAACAAACGCACUUUACAACAGUUAAACGAGUGUAUUCGAAUGCCGCAAGUCGUUGCAGUUGGUGAAAUAGGUCUAGAUUAUUCCGGAAUGUUUCAUUUGGAAGCUGAGAUACAAAAAGAUGUUUUUCGAACUCAAAUCAAACUAGCAUUGGAUGUUUCAAAGCCGAUCGUUAUCCACUGCAGAGAUGCCGAAGAAGAUUGCUUCUCAAUACUUAAAGCAGAAUGUCCAUUGAAUUGGUUAAUUCACCUCCACUGUUAUAUGUUGGAUUUUGAACAUGCACAAAAAUGGCUGGACACAUUUCCUAACCUCUACAUUGGCUUAACCCCUAAAGUUACUUAUAAAAAUGCUUUCGAUGUCCAUGAUACUGCUCGUAAGAUCCCACUGACCAGAUUGGUGUUGGAAUCUGAUGCUCCAUAUUUCAUACCAAGCAUAGUAAGUAAAUUUUCCAUUUCUUUCUUGUAA